AUGUGGACCUUGACUACAGCAAUUUUUCCAUCCAGAAUGAAUUCUGAUCAUCGAGAAAACGAAAUGGAUUUCGACAAGAGUGACAAAUCCAAGCCUAACGGUAAAUAUAGUUAAACGAACUUUAUACUACAUAGAUAUUAAACCAGGAAGUUUUUUACAGGCCUUUUACUGACUCACCUAACCUCUCCUAAACCGAAGUGAGUUACUCUAUCUUUCUUUUUCGAAUUUGUCAAGGUCGUCUCUUGGAUAUUCCCUGCAAAGUCUGCGGAGACAGAUCCUCCGGUAAGCAUUAUGGAAUAUAUGCCUGUGAUGGCUGUAGUGGCUUUUUCAAAAGAAGCAUACGUAGGAACCGUUCAUACACUUGCAGAGCUACGAAUGGUAAGGGAAACUGCCCCGUGGAUAAAAUCCAUAGAAACCAGUGCCGCUCCUGCCGACUGAAAAAAUGCUUCGAAGUGACCAUGAACAAGGAUGGUAAGAGGAUAGAAGUAAUGUAGUACUUUUCUUUAAUUGCUUUAAGGCUGUGACUCGUGUAGCGAGAGGAACUCUACUCGCCCGUUAAGCCCUUUCACCGCGCAAAAAAAAUUGCCAUUCUAGACGUUUUGUAGAUAUUUCGCUUACUAUUAACGGUCGUAUUUAUUGAUAGCGCAAACGUGAUUAUGACAUAGAAUUUUUAAAAUCAACAGAGUUUUUAAUGUGAAUAUUUACAUUUCUCCUAUUAACACCCUAUAAAACAACCACUGGGUUUUUUCCGACCGUUUAAAUGAUAAUCGGAUUCUUCGAAGGAAGCGUUAAAACUGUUUGACUUUCGUCCGCUUAAAGAAAGAACAUCUGAACGAUCUCACUAUUCUUCAAAUUCCCACCAACCUUACAUUACUAAGGUAUUCAACGAUUAGAUAAUAUACCUCACUCAAUGUGUCGAACUAAAUUUGAUGUUUUCAGACUGGAUUUUAUACAGCAGUCGUAGUUUUAGUGGUUAAAAAUUAACAGAAUUUCCACGAUAAUUCCCAGCGAGGAAUAGCAAGAAACUUUUUCGCAUGUGAUCGUUUUGUCUCCAUUUUCCCUUCCCUAUAAAAUCAAUUUCGCCAAAGCAUUAUUUUUGGUAAUGGAAGCGCGCGCCUUUGUCUCCGAGCAAACGGUGAAACGAACCAUUAUAAUGAAAUUACAUUAAAAGACUUUUCCGAUAUUAAACAUAAAGAAAAAGUGAUUGAUUUUCGAACCAAACUUUUAACUCUUUCGUGCAGUUGCCUGUGUAUAGAGAAAAAGUCAUUUAAAAGUCAUUUUCUUGUCGGGUCUCUUUAACGUUUUAUUUUUAACUACCGAAAAGCUUUUGGUGUUAAGAUUCUCUGGAAUCAUUAUUUAACAAUCGUGUACAAAGUGAGUGUGAUAAGCUUCGUUCAAAACGCAGGAAAGGUCUUCCAAGCUAGACGUAAAAAUUUAAAAUUAAGUGAACUGACAGAUGAAUUAAAUUCGCGAGAAAAUGACUCGAAUUUCAAUAGUCCUCCAAGUUGAUUUGUUUGGCCGUGCGAGCUCUUUUCAUGGUAGCCUCACUAAAUUGGAAGGGAAAUUAACAGAACUACAGACAAAUACCUGAAAAUUAAUACGAAUUUAUCAUCACAAACCAUUAAAAGAGCUUUCUAGUGUGUUGUUCAGAGAUUUGUUCUAAUCCUAGGCCACGUCCCGGUUUUGUAUGGAAUAUUAUUAUUUUUAAUUCUACAUUAUUUUUAUCCCUCAUCUGUCCCCUGUUAACAGUGAAUAAUGAAUUUAAUAUUUCUUUCUCUCUAUGAAAAGGUUUCACAGAAUUUCCUGCUUGCAGGAAAAAACGAAUUAAUCGGCUUCAAUAUGUUCAUUAGCUGGCAAAAUCUAAAAAGGACAUGUAAUUAAGGGUAAAAAGGCCCAGGAAAUUACUCGCUUUUCAGCUUCUGAACUUUUUUUCUUCGGAACAAAAAAGGUGUGAAGAUAAAAUGAGGCUUCGGGCGUAUUUAAUAAAUUUGCUUUUAAGCACAAAAUUCAUCUGGCUUAAAACGUCUCCACUUAUGGCUAUAGAAUUGAUUUAUUAAUCCUCGGGCAAGUAAAUUCGAGGCAUUUUGAAGCAUCUGAAUUUUGAAGCCAGAAUGAUGAAAGGUUUUCUUUGAAGUCAUGCUAAUUCAGUUUAAAGCGUUUAAGACGUGGGACUGGAAGAGCAAAGUUUUGCUCUUCCGCUGACGGUUUCGCUGCAUUUAGCUUUGUUUAUUGGUUGUUUCUAAUAGAACAGAUGGGUUCUACUUAAAGAAAAUCUUGUACAGCAAAUUAACAACGCAGCGCUACCCGUACAGUAUAUAGUAACCCUGCCGGAGGUUCAUAUCUGGCUCGCGUCACUAUUCAGAAGUGAGAACUGAAAAACGAUCGCCAAAUAUUUUUCAGCAUUUACUACAGUAUGUUUGCCUCUUUAAAAUAAAUAAGAUUGGUUGGAGGGACUGGUUAUUUUCCUGAUUUCAGUUGAAAUCGGUUUUAAUCAUUUCAGGGAAGGUAAACAAACUCAUCAGCAACUUGACCAAGUUUCAUCAAAAUCGAUUCUUUUUAAUAUCAUUUGAAACAUUUGUUCGUGCUACUUUCCUAGUUUACUUUAUCCACGCACAAACAACAACAACAACAACAGCAACAUCAACAAAAAACAUUAAGAAUAAUAAAAUAAAUAUGGACACUCCCCAUGGCUUCUAAAAUAAGCUGAGAUAGCAAAUAUCUAUUUCAUACAUUUGGCAAUAUGGCUAUUUGUCAAGCAUUACCAAAAAAUUGCUGUAUUUUUCAAAAAUAUUAUGUUAUGGGGAAAUAAGUACAAGUAGCGAAACUGCCAAAUUUUCUUCUUUACUCAGGAAUCAAAUUCUGUAAAAUACUAAAAUGCUAAAUUUUUCUUUUUGGGGCAUUUUUAAGGUGGGAAAACGCGACAAAGAGAUUGGUUGAAGUGAAUUUUCUUCUCUCCAAAUCUAAAAGAUUAGUGCACAAGUACUAAACGACUCUAUUAGAAUUCAAUUUUAAUAGGUGUAUUUUUGUUUUAUUUUAUUGUUUUCACCGAACGAUGCCCCACGGUGAGUAUCUCAAGAAUUCCUUUCCAGCACGAAAGAUAAUUCACACCAAGGUAGCUGGCCGGGGGAUCAAAUAGACCGAAUAAUUAGUUGAGGGAGGUCGCUCGCAGCAAGCGUAUAAAUGUGUUCAGAAUGAGAGUGUUGAAGCUUCCAGGAUUUUGGCUUACAAAGAAGAUCAAAAAGUUAAUGUAUAGUAGUCAUGCUGAAGAGCUAGUAAAGAGUCGAGAUCUCCGUAAUGUUGUCGAAAAUUGUCAGUUAUGGCUGUUGAGAGAUACUGUAAAAUGGAAAGGCAGCGGCUAUUGGAGUAUAAUAGGCCCCCAAAUUUUCGGAUGGUGGUACUUGGUUUCGGUUUUAAGAAAUAAGAGAAAAAUUAUUCCUCCAUUUCUGUUUACAGAGAAGAACGUUACUGUCGAAUUUUGUGUACUUAGGGUUAAAACUUACUGAUGUAGAAGUAGUUUCGUAAUUAAAUGGUGAUUUGUUACAUAAAGGGAGAACAAAUGUUUAUGGGCGGAACAAAGCGAUAACGAAAUUUGUCAUCACACAAAAUAUUUUCAUUAUCACUUCGUAUAAUGAGCUUUAAAUCUAAUUGACACUUCGACUAAGUAAAAGUCGAAGACCACCGAUUUUCAAGUCUCUAAGUAUUUGCCAAUAAUUAUAAAAUCUGAUUGUAUACUGAAUGAACUUCGAAAUAACAGAAAAACCACUUGCAAAUGAAUUUCAAUUGCCAGGAUUACUUGAAAAUCCGACAUUCAACCUGCAAAUAGCUAAUUUCUUUGGGGAGCAUCAAUAAGAUUUUACCUUAAAAAAUUGCUUUAAAACUUAUAGAUUUCUACGUGAACGUUAGCUGUUUUUAAGCAAGCUGACACUAAUUGAGUGUAUUGGCCUGUACCGACUGAAAUACUCACUGAGAUUCGCGUAGCUUCCCUGUAAGUUUUCGGCUUGUUAACUCUCAUUUUAUUUGCUCUCUACUAAUUGAACUUUGGUCUCAGAGAAGUAUCACAUUUUAUUAACACAUCUUGUACACUAUAUUAAGUUUGGAUACAGCCUGAUUACGUUAUCCUCAAAUAUAUACAGAAGGUUUUUGUGUUCGUAAGAUGUCUGUAUUUUUUUCAUUUCCAAACUGAAUAUUGCUGCAUCAGCAAACCGUUUUCUCUAUCAAAAUAAAACAAGACUUUUUGCCAUAAACACUACAAACACACACGAACGUACAAAGGCCUAGUUUAACAGAGCAAAACUCAUUCUAGUUUCUGGCUGUAGCACUUCAUCCUGAUGUAUUUUUUAAAUCCACUAUCAGAAAUAUCAGCUUCCAACGUUAUCAAAUGCUCGAAUAGGUGAUAAUUUAAGUAACACUUUUCAGAGAUUUUACAGUAGGGAGUCAAAACCAUGUAAAUUUUUAAUGUUGUUUCAACUUUUUUCACAGCAGUGGGCUUCGCCGCAAGCUGAAGAUCAAAUAUUCACCACAAAUUAAAACAUGUUUCGAAACACCUGUGUCACUUGAAAAGAAUGCGUACAUUAUGUUCUUAAGUGAAAUAUCAUUUUGUCAAAAAUUCUUUGAGCUAAAAAGCCACCCAGUUACAGUUUGAAUCGCUUUGCUACGUCUGCUUUUAGUAUUCCGUGUCUUCAAACAGAUUUGAACCAAUGAUAUAUACAUACCCAGAAUUUGUCUUUUAAACACUUUGCUUUUUCAUUUUCAAGCCCGAAACUAAAUCGCCAUUAACGAACUUUUGUUUUACUGAUGUAGCCAGAUCCUAUAGAUUAUAUAAUCAGCGCAAAAUUUUACAAAGAUGAAAUCAUUUAAAUUUGUUUGCAAGUUUUAAAGUCCUUUAUUGCGUUUUGCAGAUAAACUAUAAUUGCUAAUUGAAUGUUACCGCGAUUAAAAAGAGAUCCUUUUCUAUUUAUAAAAGUUUUGCCAUAUUUUUCUCUACCGAAGCUCCUUUGAAGUUAAACGAUCUGUUAUAAUUGGAUUUAACAAGACACGCAUUGUGUUCAGUGUUCAAACAUUUCCCCAAUUUUUUUAGAUUAUCGGCUUAAAUUUGAUUUAUCGCGUCGAUAUGACAUUCCUAAUUGACAAAAAUUAAUAUUUCACGAUAAUUUCAAGGGCACGUGUAUAGAUCAAAAGAUUUGACAACGCUACCCGCUGAUUUUGGCUCGUGUGAUACUUAUUUGUGUAUGAAUGGCCCUUUGUCUAUCGCUCUGUUUUUGGUGUAAGCGGUUGAUUAUAAAUCACUUUCACGACACAGAACGCCAACGACAAGCAUUUUUUAAUGCUAAAAAUACGCAUACAACGAACCCACGAAUUUUCGUCAGUUGCAUUGAAUUCAUUUUAUCAAGAAUUUUGGGCGUUUUGUUAUUGUCUAAAUUUUUUUUAUUACUUUACAAGUUUACAAAACAUUCCUUUAUCUUGGCACAAAGAAAACAACACUAAAGAAUGUUCGCCGCAGUAGUUGAAUAGUAUGGCCAAUGAUUUCAAAAUAGCAGAACUUUCACAGUUCGACAAACUGCAGCCAACUAUCAAAUUCUUAUUUGUAUUUACGAAACUUUUCUUUUUAAACUUAUCAAAGUUGUUGGCGAAUAAGAGAAUAAAUUUUCUCUGAAACUAUGCGAAAUCUAGGAAUGAUAACUGAGAAUAUUUCGACGUCAUUGAUAUGAUUGCGUAAUUGCAAAAAAAAACUGCAAAUUGCAAGUUGAAAAACCGCCUUUAAUUUAUUACACUCUAACCUAGGAACGUCAGUUCUUAUAUUUCUUUUUUUCUUCGAAUAAGUUCUUUCGACAUCUUUUAAUUACGUCUGUUUUUCAAUAAAAUUUGAUGUAGUCUAAUUUUGCAACUGUAAUUUCUUUAGUUUCUGUAUUGACCUCAGGUAACCUGCAAAAGAUAAAAAAAAUCCCCUUUUAGGCGCCCUCUAUAUAAGAACCUGCUUGGCCUAAAAUUUGAAACAGUUUCUUCUUUUCUAAAAUCUCUAAAAGAAUUCUGUACACUUGGGCAAGUAAGAUAAGUCAACAUUCAGGAUCCUCUCAGGAGACAUAUAGGUGCCUUCAGUCACUCCAAUUGCAAUGUAAAUUGGAAUACAGAUUUAUGUACGGAAUAAGUUGAAUAGCACUAAAUACUCUUAGCUACAAUGCAUUUUUUUCUUCAGUAAAUAAAAACCUGUUUAAGAACCCAAACAGACUAAAUUUGUGCUGAUUACCAUUCAUUAUAAGUAAUGACCUUUUUGGGCUAACUUAGGAGAAUAGAGCCUCGAGGUUCUUGCUCGCUGGUUUUUACAGUUUCCCAUGAACAAACGUUGCCGUCCCGUUUCCCAGGUCCAGUCUGGAAAGGUCAUUGGUUGCCUACUUUUUUUCUUACUUAUGUUUCCCAAUAGAGUGGUUUUCGUUUGAGUGUCGUAAAACCAAAACCAAAGUAAUUACUCUGGCCAAUCACAUAGGACACAGACAAUACAUUGAACCAAUCAAAACUCGAAGUAAUUACAUGUGGCUGACGCAAAGGGGAAAUGAAAAGUGGGAACAAAAGAGAUAAUUGGAAAUGAAGUUACUGACAGGGCUAGGGUUCAAGCUCUCAUUUUUCAUUUCCCGUUCCCCGUUCCCCUUUAAACUAACGUCCAGCUCGUGAAAGAGACCAUAGAGUGAUAAUGCCUUAACAGUGUAAUAUCGGCAAUCUGAAUGUUUUUGGUGUAGACGGGGUGGAAGGAAAUGGACAAGCAAUGGAAUUGAAGAAAGUCGGGUCGGCGUUUUUAAAAUGUAUUUUUAAAGCAAAAAAAGUAAAAGAAAUUACAUUAUUUUUAAUCUUUCUUCAUUCGCAGAUGAGACCUACACAUGAGAUUAGAAUUACAACAAAAUUUAUUCAUGGAGUUUUGGAUUGUCUGCAUAUUCCCAAGAGCAUUUGAAACAGUGAUUUGUGCAAAAUUCGGGGGUCAGACAGAGUGUAUUCAAUUAGGUCCUCUUUCUUAUGUUAAUACAUCAUGUUAAAUGCAUUCUUGAUACACUUUAAUAACCCUACUUAAAGUACCUACCUUGAUUAUUUUUCAGCUGUUCAACAUGAACGCGGGCCCCGAAGCUCUACUCUUCGAAAGCAGAAGAUGCUCAAGGAAGCUCAAGAUAGAAUGGAGAUUGGUAGCACUGCGCAUGUACCGCACAAUACAAGUGGUUUCAUCAAUACUUUACUGGCAGCUGAAACAUGUAUGGAUGGAUGCCAGUUACCGCCAAACGACUUUGACCUUGGGCUGGAGUAUAAGCCAAUCAGAUUUCAAUCUGACAUAUCAGUUUCUAUGUAUUAUUCGAAUCCAGAGGCUGUGUGUGAAGCGGCCGCGAAGCUGUUGUUUAUGUCCGUAAAAUGGGCCAGGAAUAUUCCCUCAUUUAUGAGUUUGCCUUUCAGAGAUCAGGUUAGACUAGACACCAUCAACAGGUCUGAUAUUAUAGUUUAUAUGACAAAUUUCAUCUUUGUCAAGUUCUUGCCCUUUAGAGAUCAGGGGCGGGUUGUUCAAAGCUGGGUUAACCCAGGGUUGAUGGGAAAUUUGAAUUCAGAUAAUCAUGAAAGCUUAACAGCAAACUUAGUUCAAGACGGAAUCCAUCAGCCGGAAGUUGAGUAAUUUUAAUUUUCAGUGGACAAAAGCCUUGUACCAGAAUAAUAAAUAAUAAAGAAUAUUGCAUUCUUUGUUACAUUUUUCAAGAGCUAUAGAUGUAAUUAGUUAUCUGUAAUAACACCAAAGAAUAACAAAGAAUAUUUCUUAUGAGAGCCCGAGAAAAUAAAUGUCAAAUUUCACAAAGUGAUAUCCCCAGCUUACACAUGAAAUUUUCAGAAUUUUACCUGUGUUUUCACAAUCCUUGUGAAAUUUGACAUUUAUUUUCUCGGGCUACCAUGAAAAAUAGUCUUUGGUGUUAUUACAGAUAACUAAUUAUAUCUAGAGCCCUUGAAAAAUGUAAAAAAGAAUGUAGUAUUGUUAAAAUUAUUCUGAUACAAGGGUUUCGGCUACUGAAAAUUGAAAUUACUUAAUUUCCUGAUGGAUUCUGUCUUAAUUACUUUUGUUAUUUACACUUUGUUGAUUGGAUGCUCUUAAAAAAGUAGAGAAAAUUAUCCGAGAAAAUGCUUUUAAACAAAAGAAAAAGAAACCUGGGCCCAAUUGUUCGAAGGCCGAUUAGGGCUUAACCCGGGUCUCUUUCUCUUGUGUUCAAAAGCUUUUUCUCGGAUAAUUUCCUCUGUUGUUUUUAGAGCUUUCAAUCAUCAACUUGUAGACAAAAAGAAUUAAAACUGAACUGAUUUUUAAGCUUUCAAAUCUGAAUUCAAAUCUCGCACUAACCCUGGGUUAUCUUAACCCAGCUUCGAACAACUCGGCCCUGGAUUAAAAAUUCAACCCCUAGUUAGCCCUAAUAGACCUUCGAACAACUGGGCCUAUAUAAAAAAAGUCGAGACACUCUAUGAGUAUCGUUAGCUGAUGCUGAUGUUAAUUUUACGACCAAAACUUGCCUCCUGAGACCAUUUAUAACCUUAGCCAACCUAAUCUGUCAAAUAACGAAGACGAAAAACACCUUUUAACGAAAGAAGGUCAAUAAAGGUUCAGCGUUUAGCCCCGGAGAGUGGGGUAGUCCCUUUAAAGGCUUAUUGGGAAUGGCUCCCGCCAAAAGUGGUACCUUUUUACUGGCCAUACCGUGGAGUUGGUACGUGUGCAUAAGUGCUGAAACUGGUACUGAUUACCUUUUUCAGACUUCAGGUAUAUGAAAGUGUAGGGAUGUCACUAGUUGAAUUAUAUGAAAGGGAAGGGAAAUCUGUCAUUUGGGUCUGUAAAAAGGCCCAGAAGGGCCAAAUGAUUCAUUUUAUGCCUGUGAAAGAGUCGAGAAAACGUCAGUGGUGCUGCUUUAAAAGACAGGUAAAGGGUUGGAUCUCGGGGCGGAGCCUCCCCGUAUAAAAUUUUCUUGAGUACGCCCCUGGCGUUUAACUAGCAUGAUAUGAUGGCUUUGAUAGUACAGCACAGUUAUCGUCUUUCCUUCCGUCCGUAAUUCUUUUUUCUACUAGAACGAGAUUUAUCAUCUUGUUCUCAUGUAGGUGACUACAUUGUGAAUACAAGGGCCGUUCACCUUUCUUGAGGUGAAAGCAAAAGGAGCAAAUGAAAAAGAAACUCAUUUUAAAUGACUUUAUCUAUGUGCCAAUAGGUAAUUCUGCUAGAGGAAGGUUGGAGGGAACUAUUUUUGCUUGGUGCCAGCCAGUGGUCCAUGCCACUUGAAAUCGCACCAAUUUUGUCAGCUGCCGGUUUACACGUGGACAGCACGCCACCAGAGAAAAUUGUCGACGUCAUGGCAACGGUGCGCUUGAUUCAAGAAACAGUCAACAAGUUCAAGGCUGCUAAUGUUGAUUCUACCGAAUACGCUUGUCUCAAGGCGAUAGUGCUCUUCAAGCCAAGUAAGUGUAGCGUCAUGUCAUUUCAUCGUUCAUUAUGUAGUGGUUUACACCCACAGGAAGGGGUUUACUCGACCGAUAUUUGGGUAUAGGUGAGCCGCUGAGAGUUUGAAACCCUGAAUUUUGUUUAAAACAAAAAAAGUCUAAAAUACCUACCCUGUUUAGGACACCACACUCAAUUUUAUCACCCUCUUUAGGACAACAGAAAAAAUGCACGUCGUCUUGGUUUAAAGCCAUUAUUGGCAAUUGCAAUAGAGCAAAUUCGCGUUAUAGUUGGGGUACAAACAAAUUCCCUCAAGCAAAUCAAAUCAAUCGUUCAGCUGAUACCCUGUUUAUAAUUUAGACAGUCUCCUAAAAACAGGCUCGCGCGUAAUUAAAUACCCUGUCUAGGACAGAGAGGACAAAAACCUUACCCUGUAUAGCGGCACAUCCCCGUAUAGGCCAUAUAAGGAGGUACACUCCUCGGGGUACAUACAUGUUUGUUGCUGUCAGUUUUGUUCUGUACCUCGUACGAAUCUUUACGCAGGCGACGCAAUUAGGUAGACAAAAAAUAAUACGGAAAACGAACUUAUAUUAUACGGUAUUAGUUUAGGUUCUCUUUGCUCACCCAUGCAAGCAUUCUGUUACGUCGUAAGUGAAGGUCAGCUUAAAGGCACUCUAAAAGCAACAACGACAUAACUAAUGAUAAAACAAUAAAGCUGAGGAUGCUUUUUUUGCAGUGGUGUAUUGUGCAUUACAAUCAAUAUUUUCAUUUGUACAAUUUUUUUUAGCUGCGUGCGGGCUCAAGGAUCCAGAGCAAGUGGAAUCCACCCAGGACCAGGCCCAACUCAUGCUAGGGGAGUAUGUUCGCGCCCAGUGCCCCACUCAGCUCGCGCGGUUUGGACGCCUGCUUCUUUUGUUACCAGCCUUACGACGAAUCAGCGCCAAGGAGAUCGAGGAUCUUUUCUUCAAGAAGACAAUCGGAACUGUUCCUAUAGAGAGACUUCUGAGUGACAUGUUUAAGAAUGAGUAA